UUUCUUAUGUACAGUGUCCUCUCCUUUUUUUGGUUAUGGUGGUUUUGAACUUUUUCGUGUCAUCUUAACCAAUUUUCACCCUCUCUGCAACUCCAUUUCAUUCUCCUCUAAACCCUUCUCUUCACUUCCUUCCAAAGUUUUAAUCUUUUUGGGUUCUCAUGGAAAAUCAACCCAAAAUCGAACCUGGGUUGGGUUCAGAUGAUCAUAGCAACAUGGAAGACAUGAGCAUUCAUGAACUGGUUUCUGUGUUGCGUGUUGCUUUUCUGACACAAGACUUUGAUAGAGUUGAAGAUGUUUUAGUGACUAAAUAUAAGAAACUUCAAACUGAGAUUCUACAUCUUCAAGAGAUGGUUGAAUUGGAGAAACUAACUAGGUUUCAAGCUGAAGAAGAUUUGAGGAAUAGAGUGAAAAAAGCACAGAAUAAUUAUGAAAGUUUGUUAAAGGAAGUAAAGAAAAAUACUAAUUUAACUGACAGAAACAUCAUUGUAGAGCUAAGAGAGAAGAACAAUGAACUGGAGUUGGAAGUUUCUAAGCUGAGAAAGUUGAAGGAACAAUGGAGUUGGAAGAAGAAUAAUGAAGCUUCUGUUGAUCCUUGGAUUACUGAUUUUGAAGAUAAAGACGAAAUGAAUGACGAUGACAAUGUUGAGCAAGGUCUUUUUCGAACAAAUGAACCACCCAUCAAAAGGUGCAAAACUGCUCAAGUGGUGGCCCAAACUAGAGGAGCUGCAGUUGAUGCUGCCCAUUCUGGACAUGGACAUUCUAGUGCCUCUUUAAGUAGAGAGUGCGCAGCUAGAUAUGCACCUAUAGGAGAGAAAUCACAAGAGAAUGACAAAGUUUAUCCGGAAGAGGAGGUCAUUAUGAUAGACAGUGCUGUUGAACCUCCACAAGAUGCACAGGAAGAAAUGGCAAGACAAAACAAAGGAAAGAGAAAAAUGGUUGCCACCAACAUCUCAUCCAACUCCUUUGACAAUUUCCGCUUCAUAUCAUUGGUCCAUCAAGAGCGUUAUUCUAAAUUUCUGGCCCACAGAAAAUUUAUGUCUGAAAAAAAUUUCCAUUUGGAAGGGAAAAAAUUCUUGGAUAUUCAAGCAAUGAUAGUGGCGAGAGGAUGGGUAGAAUUGACAUCAUUUGCAAAAGAGGCUAGUGGUGCAUUAGCUAAAGAGUUCUUUGCAAAUGCUUAUCAGGGUCCUGCUAAAGAAGACGGGAAUAACAAGAAUGAUCUGAUACAAUUCACUAGUUUCGUUAGAGGGAAGAAAGUAGCAUUUGACGAGAAAAUUAUCAAUCAAUUGUUUGGGCUUGAGAACUUCGAGCAGUGUUCCUUUGAAGCAAGAGAGGCCAAGGGCUUUUACAUCGAUUAUCAGGAGAUUCUUAGCACUUUGUGCAGACCUAAGAAGGAUUGGGUUAGGAACAAUUGUGGAACACCAAUAAGACUUCACUGUUGUGACCUCACACCCGUUCCUAAAGCAUGGGCAUCAUUUGUUUUGCAUACUUUGCUCCCAUGCUCACAUACGUCACGCUUAAACAUUCAGAGAGCAAACUUGCUGACUGCAAUCCUUAAGGGAGAGCCGGUCAAUGUCGGCCGUAUCCUAGCAAAUGAUCUUUGGGACACAGCGAACUAUUCUUCUCCCACAAGCUACAUCAACCAUGCAUCAUUGAUCAGUAAGCUUUGUGAAAGGGUGGGAGUGUACUCUAAAAAGGAUGAGGAAAUGGUGAAGCCAGCCCUGUUAAUCACCGCGCAAUGGAUAGAAAAGAUUUAACAGUAACUUGUAAAUUGCAUGUUCAUCAACGAUGGUUACGAGAUUUAAGAUACACACUAUAAUAGUACUUUUAAAGUUUUGCUAUAUAUAAUAAUGAACAUGGAAUUGUAAAUGACUACGUAUUCAAAACAUGAUCUAGUUGAAUAUAAUAAACAUGUUAGAUAUUGUAACCAAAUUCAUAGGAUUAAACUGAUAUAAUUGCUUUUAACAGAAGCUUAGUCAUUUGUAUGUUUCAGCUGAUAGGUUCUCUUCAUUAGUAAAUGAUUCUGUUGAGAAUAUAUAGCCUAACCAAAUUCAUAGGAUGAAACUGAUAUCAUUGUUUAUAAAUUGGUUAAUUCUGCAGGAACAACGCAGUUGAGCAUAUUUGAGGAAAGAUCCAAGGAUUCUAAAUUUGUCAAGUUUUCCAUGGAUUGAGGAAUAUGACCGGUGAGUCUGAAACUCUCCUAAAACAUCUGGAAUCUCCCCUUCAAAUUGGUUUCUUGACAAAUCAAUACUUAGAAAGACUCUUGGAAUUUUCACCAAUGUCAUAUUGAUCCCUUUUGUCCUCACUGUCACGGAAUCAUUAUAAUUCAAUGCAUGCAUUUCCAUGUAUUGCAAAUUGCUACUCUUUCCCUCUUGAGGGUCAA